CCUCCGCGUGCAGCACGUCCCUUCGAGGAUGUAACUGGCCCGGAAAUCUUUGCCGUCCUUCAGACGGCGUCCAACACCACGGCGCCCGGCGAGUCCGGCGUGACCUGGCGCCUUCUCAAGUGGGCCAUGCGCUCGCCUGCGGGGCAUCAAUUCAUUCCUUUCAUUUCUUCUUCCAUCGCCCUUGGUCACCUUCCGUCUGCUCUCAAGCGGGCGGUGGUGGUGCUCAUUGCCAAACCCGCUAAACCUGAUUACUCGCUCCCUAAAGCGUAUCGUCCCAUCGCUCUGAUGGAGACACUCAGCAAACUCAUCGAGAAGGUUGUGGCCAAACGGCUCCUUUUC